AUGUUUUUGCGUGCUGUGGCCGCUUUUAGAGAGAGAAUUACACUGCGUGUCCUCCUGCUCGUGAGUCUGGUUUUCCGACUGGCUCUACUGCUCUACGGAGAAUGGCAGGACUCGCGUUUCGCGGUCAAAUUCACCGACAUCGACUAUCACGUCUUCAGCGACGCCUCUCGUCACGUGAUCCACGGGGAGUCACCCUUCCUGAGGGCUACAUACAGGUACACACCGCUCCUGGCCUUCAUGCUAGUCCCCAACCAUCUCCUGUUCUUCUCGUUUGGAAAGGUCCUCUUCAUCCUCUGUGACUUGCUUGUGGGGUUGAUAAUCAACGAAAUACUCCGUCUGAAAGGGGUUAAACGACACUCCAGACUCCUGUCGGUAUCCGUCUGGCUCCUCAAUCCUCUCACGGCAACCGUUUCUGCUCGUGGAAACGCCGAGUCUUUCCUGGCAGUGUUGGUCCUCCUCUCCCUCCUGUGUCUCCUCCGCGGUCGUGUCACUCUCUCUGCCGUCACGUACGGUGCAGCAGUUCACGUCAAGAUAUUCCCUGCCAUCUAUUCGCUCCCAAUCCUCCUCUACCUGCAAGACAGAGACAACCCUGGAGCCGGAAGCUCCUGUCACAAACGUCUGUUCAAACCGAGCAGUUCGGUGGUGUCUUUACUACUGAAAAGGACGAGGGGGUUUCCUAAUGUUCAACAAUUGAGAUAUGUAGUGGUGUCGUCUGCAGUGUUUUUCUCCCUCACUGGGAUCUUUUACCUGCUAUAUGGCAGUGAAUUCGUACACGAGGCCUACCUCUACCACGUGACAAGACGCGACAUAAAGCACAACUUCUCUCCCUACUUCUAUCUCCUCUACCUCAUCCAGGGUACCAGCCUCUCUCUGCCGGUGGGCCUCCUGGCCUUCUUACCGCAGGUCGGUCUCCUCCUGGCAGCUGCCAUCAGCCUUCACAGAGACAUUGUGUUCUGCUGCUUCGUCCAGACUUUUGUCUUUGUCACUUUCAACAAAGUCUGUACUUCACAGUAUUUCCUGUGGUACCUGUGUCUCCUGCCACUCCUUCUUCCAUUCUCCAACAUGGGCCUCAGACAGUGGACAGCCAUAACCACCCUCUGGUUUACUGGACAAGGUGUUUGGCUGUUUCUGGCCUACUGUCUGGAGUUCAAAGGCUACAACACACUUCACUCUUACUGUGGUUGGCUGGACUUCUCUUCUUCGUCAUCAAUGUCUCUACUCUCACCAGAAUCAUCACCUCUCACUCCCUCACACCUCUCACACCCUCACAAGACACACCCACACCUCUCACACCCUCACAGCUCGGUGGAAAUGACAGCAAAUGUAAAAAACACCACGUAA